UGAAAUAUACUAUUUCAGACAAGCCAAGCAUGAUUUGGGAAAGAAACUUUGUUUCACAAUGCUUAGUAAGCAUGUUUGGUAAGCAGUUUGCUCAGCCAUGUCUGCGGUUAAAUUUGGCAGCUGUCGUGAUGAGACAAGUUAUACUUCAGUUUCGGUACGUCUCGCUAUAAAAACACUGAUCUGGUGUCAGCGCAAGUUCAGUUGUGCGUCUACUUCAACAGGUCGCUGUGAGUCAAUUUGCGCGUGAGCCGUCAAAGAUUAUGUCGGGAAGACCUACACCAAAUCCCCCUCCAGAUCCGCCACCACCGCCUCGGCCGUCUCCGCCAAAGGACGAUGGCUGUAUUCUAUUUUUCUUGUAGCCACUCAGUAUGAAAUGCUCGUAUUCGAGGUUUGUCGCAAAUUUUUGCAUGACGUGUCACAGUAAUAUUACUACUCAAUGAAUUUGUUUUGACGUUCCCCUUGAACGGUUAGAAAUAACCUCGGUCAGCAAAAUCUGUUUGUUGAAUGCAAGUAAUCGUAGAUACGAUCUCUGUCUUAGAAUGCGCCACGUAUGUUAAAACACAUUACAAAAGAGGUAAAAGAAACCUAGCUUACGCAUCAUUGUGAUCGAUCGUUCGCGCUAUCAAGAGGAAGGGAAGAGUUGACGAGCCACUGUCUCCCCAUCAGAUAAACCCAUCUCUCUAAAAUGCCCGGAAGGUCCAAAGCAACAGCUAAUGCUGUCGGCGACGCAAGUUAUAGAUGCAUAAAACAAGUCGAAAGCUCUACCAGAGCUCUUCAAAGAUGCAUACGCAAUUCUCAGCACGCGGUACAACGCUGUGGCGCAAUGUUGCGAAAAACUGAUCGAAGUAAACCACCAUUAGCAUGCUAUAUCGUUUGCAAGUCAUUUUUCUUCUUAUAUUUUGACAUGUUUUAAUUCUAUUUCAGGCUGGUGGGCGUCCUGCGCUAUACUGUAACAAGGUGAGUUUCAUUUGUAUUCAUUUCUUCCACAUCGAAAGCGAAUCGUUUAAUAUUACGAUGCUAUCCUCAUUAUCUCAACUAACAUGAUCCUGCCCGUGGCUAAGACAGCACUAUUAAGGUCAAGCCCAUAAAUGCGCAACAAAAUUUCAACAAACGGAAGACAUUAUGUCCUAAAAAUACCUAACUGCUAAGUAUUUGGUAAGCUCAUGUUGGUUUGUUUGAAAGGUCGAAAUGAAGUGAAGAGCCGUUGCGCAGUUAAAGAUUAAGCAAAAAUGAAAAUCACUUAAUUGAAAACCACGUCACUGAGCAAAAACAAUUGCAAAAUAUCAGUGGCAACACGGCAUGUGAGCUAGAAAUACUUCAGCAAAGUUGAUCAUCAAUCACCAAAUUGCAAGAUACUGGUUGUAAAAUGACAAAAAAGUUAGGCAGCCGAAGAGCUUGACAGCGUUAAUGACAUUGCGGAAGAAAAACAUUUGUAGGCGAAAAAGUGCAUAACAAUUAAUUUUAAAAUGUCAAUCAAAGUCACAGGGGCGAAAAAGCGCGCGAAAAAACUAAGGAAAAGCGAGAGACGGUUAGUUGUGAUACCAUUGUAGAAAGAAUGCCCACAGCAGGAGCGACCGGUAAUUCUACUCGCGAUGCGAGUUACAAGAAGAGGAAUACUGGGAGAAAAAAGAAACCAGCGGAAGGAGCUGUUCAUAAGAAAACAAAAAUCCAAAACAAACGUAAAGCACCACAAGCGGGCAACACUGGAAGCAAAAAGAAACAAAGGCGCACAACGACUCCACAGAACUCUGUGACGGUUAUUCGUGAUACCAUAGAAAGAAUGCUCAGAGCAGGAGCGAAGACGAACACUGGGAGAAAAAAGAAGCCAGCGGAAGGAGCUGUUCAAAAGAAAACCAAAAUCCAAAAGAAAAGUAAGGCGCCACAAGCGAAUCAAAGUCGCAGUAAAAGUCGCGCCAAAAGUAAAUACCGAACUUAGGUAUGUUAUCGAUUCGUUGCAUUUUUUACUUCUCCCAAGCUGACUUUUUUGCCUUUGUAUUCCAGGUUGGUGCAACAGUCAAUGAAAGGUAUGUUUGUACGUUUUUUUUUUCGAAAUCGCGGAUUCCCGAAAUGAGCUAGAUUUACUUCAACUCACUUGAGAGAACUGUUAGCAAACUAGACAAUUUCUGAGUGUUGAUCCUCAGUUGAAGAAAAACCGAAUCGUUUAAACUCUUCAUGCACACUGUGAAAAUAGUACAUUUUGCGUGCGUGGUUGCCAAGCCUUUGAACGGAAGUGAGGCUAAGGUUUACCUCGAUAUGAUACAAACGUUGCUGCUUUUCAAAUGUAAAUUACCUUGUUAUCACGGUCACUAGAAAUUGUUCUCUAUCACAACAUGGUCACCUUCAGCCUCACUCCAAAUCAAAGACUUGGGAACUAAGUACACAACUGUAAAAUGGCCUAUUAACAUUCGCGCGCAGUUAUCUUGGCAUGGACGAAGACUUCAGAAAUAAUUCUAGCUACCCUCAAACAUAAUCGACACCGGUUUAUUACAUUCGUGAAAUCUGCAGUAUUAAACCUUUCAGAAUAUUAAUCACCUUGUCUUGCCUUUCAGACUCCAAAGAUGAGCUUUUUGGAAGAGAACUAAUGAAGCCCUUCACAAGGACUGAUGUGUUCCUU